AUGCUCACGAUCAUGCCGCUCAAGUACACCAUCUCCAGCCGUCUGCUAGCACGUUUAGAAAGCUCCUGCUGGACAAGCUGUGCCCACCAUACAAGAAUCCCUCGUCACCUACCCCGACCAACAGACCUGGGAGGGAUCAGGCACUAUUCGCAUCAUGCACGCCCCAGUCCUAAGCCCAGUAGGUCGUGGGCUUUCCUCGCAAGCAGAAGUGCCAUAGCUGUUGGGAUCGCUGCCGCCUCCCUCCAAUUAUUGAGCGACGACACAUACGGCAAACCUCAGGGCAAGGUCAAAAAAGCCAAGAUCAAAACAUUUCGUUUGGCUGAGGUUAAGCAGCACGACGGAUCAUCCAAGAAUCCCUGGGUUAUCCGGGGGACUUCGGUGUACGACAUUACAGACUGGGUCCAGGCUCAUCCCGGGGGUGAAGUGAUCUUAACCGCCGCGGGAGGCAGCCUGGAACCCUACUGGGACAUCUUCACAAUUCAUAAACGGGCAGACGUCUACGAAAUCCUAGAGCAGUACAAGAUCGGCGAGAUAGACGGUCUUGAUUUGAAGGAUGGCCGGGUACCCCAGGACGCCAUCAUCGACCCAUUUCAAAAUGACCCGGAACGGGAUGCGCGACUCUUGACCCUGACGCCAUGUCCAAGAAAUGCAGAGACGCCAGAGGGAGGUCUCAGAGAUUUCAUUACCCCGAAUGAGUUGUUUUAUGUCCGAAACCAUUUUUGGGUCCCCGCCGUGGAUGGAGAAGAACACAAGAUCACCAUCGAGCUGACGGACGGGAGUGAGAGGACAUACACUGUCAAGGAACUAAAAGAAAGAUUUCAGAGGCACAAGGUCACGACUACGCUCCAGUGUGCCGGGAAUCGCCGCAAGUCCAUGACGGACGGUGCAGGGCCAACAAAUGGCCUGCAGUGGAAAGCCGGUGCCAUCUCGACUGCCGAGUGGGGAGGAGUCAAGCUUGUCGACGUCCUCGCCGACGCUGGUCUGGAUAUUAAGAAGCUGCCAGCCGAUGCUCAACAUGUCCACUUCUCGGCCAUGGAGGCGUACGGAGCGUCCAUCCCUAUCCGCAAGGCCAUCGAUCCUUGGGGGGAUGUCCUGUUAGCCUUUGACAUGAACGGGGCCGAGUUGCCGCGAGAUCAUGGCUACCCUGUCCGGGUCAUUGUUCCGGGCACGGUUGCAGCACGCAGUGUCAAGUGGCUAUCUCAGAUCACGGUAUCCGAGGACGAGUCUCCGACCCAGUGGCAGCAGCGCGACUACAAGAGCUUCUGCCCAAGCGACGUCAAGAAUCCGGACUGGCAAAAGGCUCGAUCGAUACAGGAGAUGCCCGUCACGUCAGCAAUCACACGCGUUGAACCUACCAGGGACAGCAAGGGUGAGGUGGAAUCCAUCUGCGCAGAAGGCUAUGCAUACUCGGGCGGAGGGCGCGAGAUUAUCCGUGUGGAUGUCAGUAUCGACGAGGGCAGGACAUGGCACGAGGCUGAACUGUUGGAUGAUGAGGCUCAAGUGAGUGGAAGUAGGGCAUGGUGCUGGAAGCGUUGGAGGUACAAGGGGCAGGUUCCCUAUGAUGGCAAGGCAUUUUCUGAGGCUGUAUUGGUGGUCAAGGCCACUGAUGAGGCAUACAAUACCCAGCCACACACUUACGAGAGCAUUUUCAAUGCGAGGGGCAAUCUGGCGACGGCAUGGGAUCGCGCAAAGCUAUCGUGA